CCUCGGCCGGGGCUGCCCUCCCCGCAGAGUCCCCCGGGGGCGGCCAUGGGCGCGCAGGGCUCGCGGGAGGAGGAGGAGCGGCCGCCGGUCCCGGAGCAGGAGGCGAUCCUGGCGGAGACCGGCUUUUCCAAAGCCGGCCUUGCCCGCCUCUACCAGCGCUUCCAGGCCUUGGACAGGGACGACAAGGGCUACCUGAACCGAUACGAUUUGGAAGGGAUUGGCGAGUUGGCCGUGAAUCCUAUUGGAGACCGGAUCAUCAACGCCUUCUUUCCGGACGGGGGUGAGGAGGCCGACUUCCGCUCCUUUGCUCGCGUGCUCGCUCACUUCCGGCCAGUGGAGGCACCUGGCAAACCCGAGGACAUCAACAGCCACCUUAGCAAGCUGAAGUUUGCUUUUCAGUUAUACGACCAAGAUAAGGAUGGCAAGAUCUCCCGGGCUGAAAUGCUGCAGGUCCUGAGGAUGAUGGUGGGCCUCCAGGUGACCAACGACCAGCUGGAGAAUAUCACGGACCGAACAAUCCAGGAGGCCGACCGAGAUGGAGACAACGCCAUCUCCUUUGAGGAGUUUGCCAAGUCGGUGGAAAAGCUGAAUAUUGAACGGAAGAUGAGUCUCCGAAUCCUGAAAUGAGGGAGGUCCAGAGGGGAUCCCCCCAAAAGGUUUUUACGGCAAAG